GCGCGGGCGGCGCGCGGAGAUGGCGCCGGCCGGCUGGCUGGAGCGUCUGCGGGCGGCGGAGAAGACGGCGUUGCUGCAGGACGGGCGAAGAAAGGUGCAUUACUUGUUCCCAGAUGGGAAGGAAAUGGCCGAGGAGUACGACGAGAAGACCAGUGAGCUGCUCGUGAGAAAGUGGCGUAAGAGAAGUGCCCUGGGAGUCUUGGGUCAGUGGCAGCUCGAAGUGGGAGAGCCAGCGCCUCCAGGAGCGGGCAGCCUGGGGCCCGAACUCAUCAAGGAGAGCAGUGCCAACCCUAUCUUUAUGCGCAAGGACACCAAGAUGACUUUCCAGUGGAGGAUCCGGAACCUCCCCUACCCCAAGGACGUCUACAGUGUCUGUGUAGCCCCAAAGGAGCGCUGCAUCAUAGUCAGGACAACCAAUAAAAAAUACUACAAGAAGUUCUCCGUUCCUGACCUAGACAGACACCAGCUGCCCCUGGAUGAUUCCUUGCUGAGCUUUGCUCAUGCCAACUGCACCCUGAUAAUCUCUUAUCAGAAGCCGAAGGAGAUCUUGGUAACCGAGUCAGAGCUACAGAAGGAGCUGAAGAAGGUCAAGACGGCACACAGCAGCGACGGAGACUGUAAGACCCAGUAGCUGGCCCCUGCUCACACCUCCCUGGGGAGGACUGCGACACUUUCCAGUCUGGCUGGGUUAGUGUGGGGCAGCUUCUACCCCUGGGAGCCAUCCAAAGCCGUUAACAACUGGUCCAGGAGUACUAGUGGCCCCAUUUUGGUCUCACUUCCCAAGUAAAGUCCUCUUUAGCUAUUGCA